AUGAAUUUAAUAAAUACAAAAUUUGGUUUCUGUCAAAAAAUUCCCAAAUUAAUUGUUUUUUCAAAAUAUUCAAAUAGUUAUUACACAAAAGGAAGGACUUUUCGUUAUAUAGAUUUGGCCAAAGUUGGGGAUGAUGCUAUAGAAGGAAUGGCAUUACUUGAAGAAAGAAGAAUGUCUAAAAAAGCGAGGGAGGAUGAAGAAAGGGCAGAAAGGAGAGCUAAAGGGAUUAUGUAUGAUGAGGAGAAAAUCGCUGGUGGGAAAAAUACAUUUUUAUAUGCUGGAGAAUAUAGGGAAUUGUAUGAAGUUGACAAGGAAAUGUGGAAGUUAAUCAAAUUUAUUUUGGUAGCUAUGGCUUUGGGUGUUAUAGGUUUUAUUUAUGUGAAAGCUGACCUUACAAAAAGACGUCGAAAAGUAAUGGCUGAACGAAAAAAGAGAAUGGCGGAAGCGCGUAAAUUAAAACAAAGUCAAAAUUCUUCGACAGCUACACAUUAG